GGCGGCGGCCCGGCCAUGGCGCUGCCCGGGGCCUCGGCCCCGCCGCCGCUCACGGUGCUGAUGUCGGUGCGGGCCUCCCUGGCGCGCCCCGCCCGCCUCCCGCCGCUGCCCGCCGCCGCCGCGCUCCGCCUGCAGCUCAGCGCGGGACCCGCGCCCGCCGCCAGCCGCCGCUUCCGCCUCGAGCUCCGGCACGACGGAGGCGCGCCCAUCGCCGACUACGACCUCAAGGACGUCGCGUACAAGGUGCUGGCCCCCAGGAGCCACGAGCUGCUGGUGCUGGGCGCCUGGGACGAGCCCCUGGUGCUCAGCUUCGAGGAGGAGCGGGAGGCGCAGAAGUGGUGGACGAUCGUGAGCAGCUCCCUGCGGGAGGUGCAGAAAGCCUUUGAGAGCGCGUUGGCAGCCGAGGCUCUGCCUCCCCCCCCGGGGGCCAACCCCAACCCUGGGGAUCAGGGAGCGGAGGAAGCUCUGACCACGGAGCUCCGGGAGAAAGAGGACCUGGCCCUGAACCUCGCCCAGGCCAUCGAGUUUGGGGACGAGGAGGAGGCCUCGCGCUGCGCCGCGGCGCUGGCCCGGCACCAGGCCCUGCUCAGCAUCCUGCUCCGGGACAGCACCUACCCCCCGGAGCACAUCAGGAUGAAGGUCGGGGUGGAGGACGCCACCUCCUCGGCCAGCAUCACGCUGCUGGUGCGGGCGCACACGAGCAUCGCGGCGCUGAAGGAGCAGGUGUUCCGGGAGUACGGCUUCCACCCGCGGGUGCAGCGCUGGAUCAUCGGGCAGUGCCUGUGCCGCGACGAGCGCUCCGUGUUCUCCUACGGCAUCCGCCGGCACGGGGACCCGGCCUUCCUCUACCUGCUGUCGGCCCGCGCGGCCGAGCUCAGCCCGCAGCGCCUCGAGGAGGACCUGGCAGAGCUCCGGCUCCGCAGCCCCGGGCCCGGAGCCAACGCGGCCGCAGGGAAAGGCUGUGGCAAUGAGGCCGGUGGGAAGAUGGACAUUGGGGACAUCAGCCAGUACCUGGACUCGCUGCAGCUCGCUGACACCCUUGGUGCCCAAGCAAAGCCUCCCUCCCCCAGCCCACCCUCCCCAGAGCAGCCGGGCUGGCCGUGCCCGCAGUGCACCUUCAUCAACAAGCCCACUCGCCCCGGCUGUGAGAUGUGCAGCGGGGCCCGGCCCGACGACUACGUGGUCCCCCGCGCGCACCGGCCCGACGAGCGCGAGCGGCGCCGCCUCCAGCGCGAGCACGAGGGCAUGCGCCAGUACCAGCAGGCGCUGGAGGCCGAGCGGCUGCAGAACCUGGAGCAGCUGCUGCAGCUGGAGCAGGAGGUGCUGGUGCCCAACCGGGAGGCCCUGGAAUGCCUCAUCUGCUUCCAGAGGGUGCCCCCGGGCGCAGGGGUGCUGCUGCGGGAGUGUCUGCACAGCUUCUGCAGGGAGUGCCUGCGCCAGGUGAUCACGUUCAGCGAGGAGCCCACCGUGGCCUGUCCCUACCGCGACGACUCCUACGCCUGCAGCAGCCACCUGCAGGAGCGCGAGAUCCGCGCGCUGGUGUCCCCCGAGGAGUACCGGCGCUUCCUGGAGCGGAGCCUGGUGCUGGCCGAGCGCCGCAGCCACAACAGCUUCCACUGCCGCACGCCCGACUGCCGCGGCUGGUGCAUCUACGAGGACUCGGUCAACGAGUUCCGGUGCCCGGUGUGCCAGGCCCUCAACUGCCUCCUCUGCAAGGUCAGGCCUCAGCCGCCACCUCCAGAACCCCUCCUGAACACCUCCUGCACUCCA